UUCGAUUUCAGCACUAUCGCGUUAUAAACUUGGCGCCGUUUGUUAAUUCACUCUAAAUCGAAACCAGGGAAAAAUCAAUGUGCAGACUGCUUCCGUGUGGGCUUAAAAGUUACAUUUAACAGCUGUCAGGACGGAGCAUGCUUGUUAUGGCGAUUCAGAUGUCAAAACCUGCCACUCGUGUUUCACUCUCAUAUAGCGUUGGACUGAUAUCCAGCGUUGAAAAUAGAUUUUCGAGUCAUCUAAAUUCCGUCAGCAAAUGUGCACAUCGCUUAACCGAGCGCUCGUUUCAUGUACUCUGUAGCGAGGGUAAAAGGGUAUUGCAUUCCCAGAGGGCCUUUCCUAAAGCACAGAGGUGGGAGAACCACCUUGUUUCGACAACCUCAAGGUCACUUCGCAGCCCGAGUGGAUGGCCGUUUAACUCCAUCAGAGUUGCCCUCGGCGCGGUGGGGCUGUCAGCUGCGGUCAUCGCGACUCUGCACACGGGCACACUGUACGCCAUGAGUGCUCUGCCAGACCUGCGCUCACACAACACUGACUGGAAAGAGGCAAAGCAUCAGCUUUGCUCCAUGGAUAAGGAGAAUAGGAGGAAAAUGUACAAGGACUUCAUUCCUCUGGAGAAGAUUCCUGUCUGGAGUCCAUCAGGGGACUCCUCUUGUACACCUCACUACAAACCCAACGAAGAGCUGAACAAGAAAAUAUCCCUCUUCUGUGGUGACAUCACCAAACUGGAGAUUGAUGCGAUUGCCAAUGCAGCUAAUAAGACACUGCUGGGUGGAGGAGGAGUGGAUGGUGCCAUUCAUCGUGGGGCUGGCCCUCUACUGAGGAAGGAAUGUGCCACUUUGAACGGUUGUGAAACAGGGGAGGCGAAGAUUUCUGGAGCCUACGGCCUGCCUGCAAGAUAUGUUAUCCACACCGUGGGGCCAAUAGUCCAGGAUUCAGUGGGGGAGAGAGAGGAAAAAGCACUGAGAAACUGUUAUUAUAACUGCCUGGACAUAGCAACUAAAAACCACCUGAGUACUGUGGCUUUUCCCUGUAUCUCUACUGGAGUAUACGGAUAUCCUCCUGAUCAAGCAGUUGAAGUUGCCCUGAAAACAGUGAGAGAAUACCUGGAGGAAAACUAUGAGAAGUUGGACCGGGUCAUCUUCUGUGUGUUUCUGAAGUCUGACAAAGAGCUGUAUGAGAGGAGGCUGUCUGCCUACUUCCCACGAGCUUGCUGACCAGUCAGAGACUUGAGUCAAGGGGACAGAUUCACCACCAAAGAGCAAAUUAUGAAGAGAUGUCAUAGUUGCUGUGGAAACACCACACAAGUUCAACCUGCUUUUCUGUCACAUCUGCGUGCCUCACAUUUACCUGAUGCAGCCCUGCAAAAACUGAGGACCACAACAAUAACAGCUGCCUGACACCAUCUGAUUGAUUCAUAUCACCAAGCAGUGUUAAAUUAAAAUUCUGAUUGGUAUCAAUUUCCCAGAGGAAUAAUAUUGCUAUUGCAUUUGUGUUAAAUUUAUAAAAGUGUCGGAAUGUCCUAAGACAGGGUUUACAAAAAAAAUGACAAAAUAAAUAAAUACAAUUAGCUAUAAAAUGGUUAUUAUUUGCAAAUGAUUCAGAAAGCAUACCUGAGCCUUCAUUUAAAAAAAAAAAUGGUCUAAAAUCCAUGUAUCUUAUAAGUCCAUACAUGUAAGCUUUAUUAUGAUUGAUGUGUUUACAACUUGUUCCAAGAAUCAUUUCUUGCUAUUUUUGUAACAGAUAUGAUUUGUACUGUGGCUACAUUUAAAAUUAUAGAUUUUCUGUGUGAAUAUUGUUUAUAGAGUUGAAUAAAAAUGGUAUUAAAGCAAUCAAAGGAACCAAAAAUGUACGUCAAUGGUUGUAUCACUUAACCUAUAAUGAAAGUGCAGUAUUUCUACUUCUUCAAUGUACUUUCUGUCUUCCAGUAUGAUAAAAG